GCCCCAAAACCCCUCCCCCCACCAUCCAGUGAGUCUCUCUCCAAAUCUCGGGGCAGAAAGGCCACCGUACCGAAUCAGAGAUUGACAGCGGCGGGAGCCAGCGAGCUCGGCGCGCAUCCGGCCCGGCGAGAUGCUCGGCAAGCGGCAGAGGAGCAUGCUGAUGCGCCGGACGACCAGCCUGGCGUCGAUGCCGUCGGUGCCCAAGCAGGUGCGCCAGGGGAGCGGCGGCGACGACGACAAGCAUCCACGCGCGGGCCCGUCCUCCUCCGUGUCGGCCGGCGCUGUGGGGAUGGGCGGCGGCGGCGGCUACCCCUCCCCCAGGAGGGACGCCUUCGCCGGGCUGAUGAUCACGGCGGCGUUCCUGUCGGCCUGUGGCUUCUGCGCCAAGCCCCUCGGCCCCGGCGAGGACACCUACAUCUACAGGGGCGAGGUGGCAUUCUGCAGCCACGAGUGCAGGGAGCAUCAGAUCGAGAAGGACGAGCUCAUGGAGCAGAACUGCACCAUCACAUCCAUCCGGGAGGCGCCGUCGGACCAGUCAGGCGGUGGCGGCGGCUCCGGCGGCGGGGACGCCGUCGCCGCCGCAUAGCCGGCGCCCAUUAGCCUAUCGUAUACUAGCUCUAGUGAUGUGCCAUAGUUAUAUAUUUGGCACAUGUCCACCAUGGUUAAACCGUCCGUCCGUGUACACAAGAUCGAACUGGGUGGGCAGAGGUUGUGGUUGUGAGUGGUGGCCGGUGACUGAGGAUGCCAUGUGACACAUGGAACAUGGUGGUUUCCUCUCCUGCCCCUGUGGAGAACCUGGACUGCAAUGCAACAUCAAAUUCAGUACCGUCUUUUCCUAGUAAUUCAUGUUUGCACCUGGCGUUUUCAUUCA